CCCCCCCCCCAUCUCAAUUAUAUCUCUCCUUCUCCAUCCCUAAGUUGGAUUCUAGAGCUAGCUAUUUGUACAAUGGCUACAAUUGACGACUUCACUAUCGUCGGGAACGAAGACGCUCGAGGUAGCAAACCACAAAAGCUAUUCGACGACUACCACAACUUCACUUCUGGAAAGACUACGGAUCUAGAUGUCCAGAUCGUUACGGCUCUCCGAGCGAAGCAUCCGGAAUUGAUAGUUACUACCGUUCCAGGCGCAAAUUGCAAUCUUCUUCAAUUCGCCGCAGCAGGUUUUGCAACCGCGGAGCUUGACGAUGACAGUGAACCUGUUCUGCGCUGGAGGGGGUUCGUAGGUCCUCAGCACCGUGGUGAGUCUGGAUUCCUUGCGGACAGCGUCUUUUUUGCCCGGUACAACUACACAUGGAACAAUGAGUAUUUCAUUCUUUACAACGUUCUCGUCGGAUAUAGCAUGCUUCAAUACAUCCUGAAGGAGCCUAGGGGGGAUGAGACUCAAUUCUCUCAUUCCUCGGCUGUCGACGCCCUCCUAGCCACGAUCGGUGCAUGGCUAAUCAAGGAGGUACCUGCCAUCUACGUAUACGACGGCCUCUGGACCAGGAGCACGAAAUUGUGGGAAGAGGUGAAAAAGGCCAAAUGGGACGACGUCAUCUUAGAUCCUAAAAUGAAAAAGGCUUUGGUCGGGGUUGCCAGCAAAUUUUUUGACAGCAAGGACAUUUACGAUGAGUAUGGGGUUCCAUGGAAGCGGGGACUUAUUUUCCAUGGUCCUGUUGGAAACGGGAAGACGAUAUCUCUGAAGGCUUUGAUGCAUACCCUUCAAAAACGACAGCCUCCAGUUGUGACGCUUUACGUCAAAUCAGCCCCAUAUCCAUACAACAUCCGCAUGGUGUUCCAAAUGGCGAGAGCGAUGACCCCGUGCAUGCUCGUACUUGAGGAUAUCGACACGAUAGUGACCAACAGCACCCGAAGCUAUUUUUUCAACGAAGUUGACGGCUUGGAGAACAAUGACGGUAUCUUGAUGAUUGCGACUACCAAUCAUUUGGAUCAAUUGGACCCAGGUCUGUCUAAGAGGCCUAGCCGCUUCGAUCGGAAAUACCUAUUCCCAUUGCCGGAUAAGGAAGAAAGGUCUCUCUACGCCCAGUACUGGCGAAAUAAGUUGAAAAACAAGAAGUCUAUUGAGUUCCCAGCCAAACUUUGUGAUGCUAUGGCCGAUAUCACAGAUGAGUUCAGUUUCGCGUAUCUCAAGGAAGCAUUUGUAGCAACACUUCUCGAGUUGGCGAGGAGCCAUGGAGAUGAUAGCGAUGACGAUGGAGACCCCGAAGACGACGAUGAUCCACUCAACAAGUAUGAAUUCUGGCGUUUCUUCAAGGCUCAGGUCAAAGUCCUUCGCUCCGAGAUGGGAGCGGACAAAGAUGGUUCCGUGGGUGCUAGCUCCAGUGUUGGCGCAACCCUUGGUACUUAUGAGGGAAUUUCGUCCGAGUGUGAGGAAAUGGUACCGUUGCUUGACGCAAUGAGAUUGCAGGAAAGUGGUUCUCAGCCCUGCAAGGCUGCAUCGCCCUUUGCCAUUUGGCCAGACUCACAGGGUUCCUCAAAGAACCGAUUCGCUCAGGAUGAUUCGGUUCCCAGCCCUAUUUAUUCCUUCGCUCCGCUCGCUUCGACUAAGACUGCACGCUUAAACGAGGGCGUGUGGGAAUGGGGGUUGUGAGGUUUGACCGAGGUUUAGUUUCUUGUGCAGAGCAGUUGUGGACUGGUGGGGCUUCUUCUCGAAGGUUUCCAGAAAGCCAGAAAUAAGCGCUCCUUACCGGCACUAUGGUUCGGCGUUGCGCAUCCUCUUGACAUUAUUCGAUAAGUACACAAAUAUUAUGAUUUAUCGUGCAGCGCGGA